UUUCAUAACUUCCUUCUAUGGUCCUAGAAAGAUUGAGUUUUUUUUUAGGGUUUUACAGCUCGUGAUGAAACAGAGAGAGAGCAAGAGUGAAAAAGAGAGUUUUUUUUUCUUUUUUUUUUAAUUUGUCAGAUUAUUUAGUGGGGUUGCCUUGUUUCAGAAAUCCUCUGCUUCGUUGGCUGUGAGUAGUUGGCAAUUAAGCCUUGUCCUCUUGGUGAACUUUCCUAGGCUUUAUUUCUUUGUUCUUUCUUUCUCUCUCUUUUUCUCAUCCAAACAAAACCCAUUUCAAAAUUUCUCUUCUAUUUUUCCCUUUUUUCCAUUCUGAAAUUCCACAAAUCCUCUCAGCACAACCAAAGAAACAUCAUAACUUUGUUAAGGAAUGAAUGGUUCUACAAUAACAAAUUCUGAAACAGACAACUCUGAAUAUGUUGAAGUUGAUCCCACCGGAAGAUAUGGAAGAUACAAUGAAGUUCUUGGCAAAGGAGCAUCGAAGACAGUUUACAGAGCUUUCGAUGAAUACGAUGGCAUUGAAGUGGCGUGGAAUCAAGUGAAGCUUUGUGAUUUUCUUCAAACUCCUGAAGAUCUCGAAAGGCUGUAUAGAGAAAUCCAUUUGUUGAAGACCUUAAAACACAGUAACAUAAUGAAAUUUUAUUCCUCUUGGGUUGACACUGCAAAUAGAAACAUUAACUUUGUUACAGAGAUGUUUACUUCUGGGACUCUUAGACAAUAUAGGCUAAAGCAUAAGAGAGUGAAUAUCAGAGCUGUGAAGCAUUGGUGUAGACAGAUUUUAAAAGGGCUUCUCUAUCUUCACAGCCAUGACCCUCCUGUAAUCCACAGAGACCUUAAAUGUGACAAUAUCUUUGUAAAUGGGAAUCAAGGGGAAGUCAAAAUUGGUGAUCUCGGUCUUGCUGCUAUUCUUCGUAAAUCCUAUGUAGCUCGAUGUGUUGGAACACCAGAGUUUAUGGCUCCAGAGAUUUAUGAAGAGGAGUAUAAUGAAUUGGUUGAUAUAUAUUCUUUUGGAAUGUGCAUUUUAGAGAUGGUUACUUUUGAAUAUCCAUACAGUGAAUGCACCCACCCUGCUCAAAUUUACAAGAAAGUUAUCUCUGGGAAGAAACCAGAUGCUUUGUAUAAGGUAAAGGAUCUCAAGGUUCGAUGUUUCGUCGAGAAAUGCUUGGCUACUGUAUCUACUAGGCUGUCUGCUAGGGAGCUUUUGAAUGACCCUUUUCUUCAAAUUGAUGGUUGUGAUUCUUUAAUGAGGCCAAUAGAUUACUAUUCAGAAUAUGAUGAAGUAAACAAUUCCCUUAUCAGAGGAGGGCCUUUUUAUGGAAUUCCUCAUGGUUCUUUGGAUAAUGGGUAUGUGAAUUAUUUUGGUCAUGAGGCUGGGAAUGGUUUGGAUUACUGUCUGAUUGAUAACGAAGCGAGUGAAAUUGAUCUUUUCUCCUGUCAAGAGGAUGAGCAUUUGGCAGAUGUUGAUAUCACUAUUAAAGGGAGAAGAAGAGGCGACGACGAUAUCUUUCUACGACUCCGGAUUGCAGAUAAAGAAGGUCGAAUUCGAAACAUCUACUUUCCCUUUGAUUUAGAAAACGAUAGUGCUUUGAGUGUUGCAAAUGAGAUGGUUUCUGAGCUUGACAUUACCGAUCAAGAUGUGAAGAAGAUUGCUGAUAUGAUAGAUGGUGAGAUUGCUACAUUGGUGCCAGAAUGGAAGAGGGGAAAGAGAUCGGAGGAAACUCCAGAUUGCACUGAUUCUAAUGUUUGUCACAAUUGUGCUUUAAACAGUUCUCUUUUGGAUUAUGUUUCGCCACAUAAUCCCGCGACGAAGAACCUGCACAUUCUUCAGUGUUCUGAAGAGCAUGGUUGUGCUUCUAUCCAUGGACGUUUUGAAGAGAUUACAUACCAAGUUGAGGGGUCAGAACAGUUCAAUGGAGACGAAAACUUGCAUAGAACAUUGGAGAAUUCAAGCGAUAUCCAUUAUGCCGAUAUUUGGGCGCAACGAGAUGGACCAGAUAUAGUUUCUCAAGAAUCUUUAGAAUCUUGCAAUGAAUCACAUGGAACAUCAGAACAGCCGAAACUCGAGAAGGAAGAAAGUAAUGUAAAUAUGGACAAUAAUGUUCAUCAAAUGGAAUUCCAAACAAGAAACUCUAGCUCAUCAAAUCCUUUGCUGUCCUUUGUCGAUGAUCACGAGAACGAAAUUCGACAAGAACUAAGAUGGCUCAAGGCUAAAUAUCAAAUGCAGUUAAGAGAGCUAAGGGAUCAACAGUUAGGAGUCAAGACAAAAUCUCUUAGCUUGCACCCAAAUCCCAACCUCGCUGAGACCGACAGCGGAGCUUCGGUAUCUUUGCUUUCACCAAACUUCAAUGAAGCAGCAAAAAAUAAGCCUGUACUAACAUCUCUCUCCUUUGGCAAGAAUAUCACUUCACAUUCCCCCAAUGUAGCUGCUGAUAACAUUUUGGAAAACCAAACCUUUCAAGACAACAAAGUCGUUGUCGACAAGCCGAGUAGUCCUGAGCUGAUGGUUACUGCCAAGAGUUUCUAUACAGGAACAUUGUUUCCUCAUUCUCUUCAAAGAGCAACCUCACUUCCUGUUGAUGCCAUAGACUUUUAGAAUCAUCUAGUGAAACUCACCAAUACUUCACAUGUUCUAAUUCCAUUAGCCCCAACAACAAAAUGGUAUAACUAGAUAUAGUUCAAGUCCCAACAAGGGAAAAAUACAUUCCAAAAGCUCUUUCUUAUCCCCAAGGCUUUCAUAAAAGAGAGCCCAUUUGUUUGAAUUUGUAGAUCCCCUUUGAGAUUAUGAGCUGUUUGGCCUUAUUUGCUUGUCAAUUGGCAAGCUCAGAUGCCAUUUUGAGCCAAAGUGGAAUGGUCCCUUGUGACUCCUUGAAGGCUUAUAUUGAAUAUGCCAUGAGCCUGAUUGCGGCUGGAAGCUCCAAGUUGGCCAACUUGGUUGGAUAUUAAAGCCACUCCAUAACUUUUAAUGUGAGGCUGUUGUGGCUCUGUACCAAACUUUGAAAACAAAUAUGAAAAUACACCUCUUUUUUGCCAUUCUAAUGUAGACUCUUAGGACUCUUUUUGAGGCA